CCACAGUUUCUAGCAACGGUACAUCUCUUGUUGAUCCGGUGCGCACUUCAGCGUGCAGACUCUUCUCUCACGGGAGGCAACUGUUCUUUGUCUAACAACUGUUAGGCAUACACGUGGCGAAGCCAGUGUCCAAAUGUGCGAAACAAGACGAGAAUAGUGCGCAUGUGUCAGAUGUACGCGACGCAUUAGGAACCAAAGAUGGAACCGUGGCGUCAUGAGCAACGAUCAAUGAUGACGGUGUAGUUGAGUGAGAAGCUGCAGGCUCCCUACAACGUGGGCUGUUGGCAUCAGGUUCCAAUAAAGGAUCACUGCUGGGAAGUUUUCUUGCAGCCAGUGCAAAGUACAUGUGAUGGAUUUCAGGAUAACGCGCAGGUCCAUUUGGACUUAAAAAGUUAUCUGAUGCUGGCGUUCUGUUUUGAUAUUGGACACAGAUGGAAUUUGCUAUUGAUUGCAACAUCUCUCAGCAAGGAUCAUAUACAUUAUUGAAAUACUCUCACUCCUUAAGCCACGCUAUCAGCGGUAAUUGGUAAAGUAUUGUGACUUAAAUUGAACAUCAAAUUCCCAUGACAUCGACUUGAGUUUCCAGGUGUUGAUGCGUCGUAUACUGUUUAAUAGAUGAUCGGUGUGCAGGAUUGGGACAACGCCACCAUGAACGUAUAUUCACUAGAGAAAUGUAGUGAAUGUCUCAAGUAGCCACCAACUUUUACCAUUGGAGCAAGGGCUGCCUAUCGUGUGCUGUCAAUCGAUCGGUCGACUCAGCAGUGCUCUACUGGCUGGCUAGCUACUGGAAGCACUAGCUAUCUUACUGCGCACUAGAACAACUGUGAACCAAAGUUGCUGAUAUGCUACCAGGAUCUGGAUUGAUUCUUGACAGGAUGUACACCAUAGUGUUUUCUUUUAUUUGUUCUUUGAGGAAACCUUAAUGCUUGCAUCGAUACUUGUGUUCGUUCCCGGAGAAGCAACUGGUACUAUUGACGAUCACUGAAAGCUGAUGUAAGUUGCCAACUUUUUCGUGUAACGUAUUGUGUUUUGCGUUCUUAUUUUCUCCAAAUGCGAAACUUUGUUAUUCUUUUAAGGAUGUUGGUGUCUAUCCUUUAAUUUGGAACUCUGGGCAAUAACCACGAAUGAAAAGAAUUCAUGUUACACAGAUCACAAGUUGAACUGACUUCUGUUGUGUAGGACUGAAAGUGCCUGUUAAUUGUACAACCAUGAAUAAUUCAACCAUCGACGAUCUAAAUGGUGAAAUUCAAGUGGAAAACAAGGCCUUAUUCUUGGCAGGGAUUUACUUAAACAACUAUUACCUGUGGGUAAUUUUUGCCAUUGGAUUUCCCGGAAACUGUGCCAGUGUUGUGACAAUUAUUCGCAUGCAAAAGCUGACCACUUCAACAUUUUAUGUUGCCUUCUUAGCUGUAGUGGACAACUUAGCUAUUGUUCAAAAAUUGCUGUACCUACAACUUACGUUACACGGGGUAUGGAUCGGAUCCGUUGGAUGUAAGAUACUGAAUUUCUUAACUUUGUUCCUUGUGACCUAUUCCAACUGGAUAUUGGUAGCGAUGGCAGUCGAGAGAUUCGUGGCUGUGAAAUAUCCUUUGAAGAUUAGUGUGUUUUGGAGCAUAAAGCGAGCAUUUGUUAGUCUCAUUGCUCUGGGUGUGAUUAUGUUCGGAGUGUAUAGCCACCUUUUUUGGACCUUUACUUCCGUGAAUGGAAUUGACUGCGGGAUGUUUAUUGAGUACGUUCGUUUUUACCGGGAUAUCUGGUACUGGAUCAAUGCAGCAGUGUACUCCAUUGUACCCUGCAGUCUUCUCCUUUCUUUGAAUGUUCUCAUCAUUCGGGCAAUCAAGAUCUCCCGACAACAGCGGAUUGAGAUGUCUGUUGAGAGUGAAAAGACGCAGACAACGGGAAAGACUGUACGCCAGGACAGACAAAUAACUGUAAUGUUGAUGACCGUCACUUUUGUGUUUGUGAUUUUGACGGUACCACGUACUAUAUACGUUGUUGUGGAUCUCUUCUGGACUGUCGAAUAUGGUACACUGGAAGAUGCUCAAAAAUAUCUUAUCAAUCAGGUGACAUUUUUCCUGUGUGAUUCAAACCAUGCUAUCAAUUUCUACCUGUAUUUCAUCACAGGCCGUAAGUUCCGACGUCAGUUUCUUGACCUGUGCAUGUGUCGGAAACGGAAACGACAAGCCCAGAACGUCACAAAGUGUCAUUCAGUAUCAUGUACAACUUCCGUGAAAGCUGAAUCUCGAAAUGGCAGCAAAACAAAUAGAAAAUUUAAACCAGUAGCUAUGUGAAUUACUGCUGUGAAACUAAAUAGUAACCAGAUUUAGAAUAAUUGAUGUAUCGUGUUAUCGGGAAAAGCAAAAUAUAUCACUGCUUUUCAUUGGUUUCGAAGGUUGACCGACAUGACUCACUGGAAGCUUUGUGAAUCCGACAAAAAGUGUGCAUAUUUAAUUGAAGAAUGUGUCUUUGCAUGAACAUGGUGCAUAAUUCAUAUGUAAUACAUAAAACUACGUUACAGCGCUUUAACUAUUGUCAAAUAACAAUAAAAAACGUGACUGAUAGAAAUAUUUUGAGUAGCACUGACCUGUAUAGCAAACCACAGUACAUGAUAUAUUGAAUAAAAUAUUGGCACGGCAAA